AUGAACACCAACGACGCCAAGGAGUACCUGGCCCGGAGGGACAUUCCUCAGCUUUUUGAGAGCCUUUUGAAUGGCUUGAUGUGUUCCAAACCGGAAGACCCCAUAGAGUACUUGGAAAGUUGUUUGCAGAAAGUCAAGGAGCUAGGAGGCUGUGAGAAGGUGAAAUGGGACACGUUCGUCAGCCAGGAGAAGAAGACAUUACCGCCACUGAACGGAGGACAGUCUCGGAGAUCCUUCCUCAGAAACGUAAUGCCUGAAAAUUCCAAUUUUCCUUAUCGACGCUAUGACCGGCUUCCUCCCAUCCACCAGUUCUCCAUAGAGAGUGACACAGACCUGUCUGAGACAGCAGAGCUGAUAGAGGAGUAUGAGGUCUUUGACCCGACGAGGCCUCGACCCAAGAUCAUUCUCGUCAUAGGUGGCCCAGGAAGUGGAAAGGGGACUCAGAGUUUGAAGAUUGCCGAGCGGUAUGGAUUCCAGUACAUUUCAGUGGGAGAAUUACUGAGGAAGAAAAUCCACAGUGCCAGCAGCAACAGAAAAUGGAGUCUGAUCGCCAAGAUAAUCACCAACGGGGAGCUGGCCCCACAGGAGACAACAAUCACAGAGAUAAAACAAAAGCUGAUGCAAAUACCUGAUGAAGAAGGCAUUGUUAUUGAUGGAUUCCCAAGAGAUGUCGCCCAGGCUCUGUCGUUUGAGGACCAGAUCUGCACCCCUGACCUGGUGGUCUUCCUGGCCUGUGCCAGCCAGAGGCUCAGAGAGAGAUUAGUGAAGCGUGCAGAGCAACAGGGACGGCCCGAUGACAAUCUGAAAGCCACCCAGAGGAGACUAGGAAACUUCAAGCAGAACGCCGCCCCACUGGUGAAAUACUUCCAGGAGAAAGGACUCAUCGUGACUUUUGAUGCUGACCGCGAUGAGGAUGCCGUGUUCUAUGACAUCAGCGUGGCAGUCGACAACAAGUUAUUUCCAAACAAAGAGGCUGCGACAGAUUCAAGCGACCUUGACCCUUCGAUGAUGUUUGACCCUGGAGAGAUCAUUGACACAGGAUCAGAUUAUGAUGACCAGGGCGAUGAUGAACUAAAUGUGUUUGGAGAGGACACCGCGGGAGGCUUAAUGGAGGAUUUGAGGAAAUGUAAAAUUAUCUUCCUGAUGGGUGGCCCUGGCUCCGGCAAAGGCACCCAGUGUGAGAAACUGGCAGAAAAAUAUGGAUUCACUCAGCUCUCUACUGGCGAGCUCCUGCGCCAGGAACUGGCCUCAGAGUCAGAAAGAAGCAGACUGAUCCGUGACGUAAUGGAGCGUGGAGACCUGGUGCCCUCGGGUAUCAUCCUGGAGCUGCUGAAGGAGGCCAUGGUGGCCAGCCUGGGAAACACCAAGGGCUUCCUGAUUGACGGCUACCCGCGGGAAGUGAAACAAGGGGAAGAGUUUGGAAGAAGGAUUGGAGAGCCACACUUGGUGAUCUGCAUGGACUGCUCGGCAGACACCAUGACCAACCGCCUCCUGCAGAGAAGCCAGAGCAGCCAGCGAGGGGAGGACACUGGCAGGACCAUUGCCAAGCGCCUGGAGGCCUACCACCAAGCAUCCAUCCCCGUCAUCGCCUACUAUGAGACGAAGACACAGCUACGGAAGGUAAACGCAGAGGGAACACCAGAUCAAGUUUUUCUUCAGCUCUGCACAGCUAUUGACUCUGUAUUCUGAAGGAGAAAUGCACAACUGUUAAGGAAAGGAGAGACAGAAAGACAUGAAAUAUGAAAUCCGUCCCGAUUAACACAUUUCCCUCUGCCCCCUCCCACCCCUCGCCCCAUCCUUGCAGGCUGUUUCCUUCCCAGCCCGACUCACGUAAGAGAUAUCUGGAAGCCAUGCAUGGUAUCUUUGGGACUGCCCACUUUCCCUCCUGUAGACAGCUGUCCUCUCUGGUACACGUUUUUCUGUCACCGGGCUGUACUGCAGAGCAAAGUCAGGAUAGGAAGAGCAGCAUGGGAUCGGCCUGUACUGCCUGUGCCCCGGGGCGGCUGGAGUCCGACCCAUCCCACAGGGAGAAUGCAUCCCUAAUUCUCCACAACAGCUUCCUUGAAGUGGGUACUUCCUUAGCAUGGGGCAAGCCUGGACACGUCAGCCUGCACUGACUCUGGUGGGAACUUUAACUGCUCUGUGGAACACAGAGGCACCAAGCCAGCAGUACUUGGCAGAAAAUAAGAUAUUGUCCAGCUUCUCUAAGGGAGCCAAAAGGGCAGUUUUUGAGAACCCAGCUACAUGGAGUCUGAGCAAGUGUACAAGCUAAUCUCCCUGUGGUGUGGUACGUCUCAGCAUCAGAAACUGGAAGUAAUUUAAAAGUAGGAGAGAUGAUUACUACUUCACUCACUGGCUAAAAUCAUCUUGCAGUUCUGAUACAAGAUGAUUACUUCCUGACAUAUCGCCCAAGUAAAAAGAAAGGAACAAUAUCCUAAGUGAUGCCGGGGGACAGGCUAGUGUGUGGGUAUCUUGUGGCUCUUGUGUAUGUUUCAUGGGCCUGCUCCAUGGUUAAAUACCUGCACCACACCAGCAAGGCGUGGGUCUUUUGUGCGGAGCUGUUCAACUGGAGCUGCUUCUGUCUUCUGAAAUACCUGCAUCUUGUGCUCAGUCACCACACAACACACAGUUCAGUUUGCAUGAUUCUUUUCCUCAACGAGUGUGCAAAUACAGAUGUUUCCAGGACAGAACUGUAUUUUUAAAAUCAUUUUUUCCCUCAAAACAGUUAUGUACAAAUGAAAUAAAUGG